UCUAUGAACUCAAGGGAUGAAAGUAGGCAAAGGUCAAAGUAGAUGACUACAAUUUUACAACUCAAAAAGAGAGGAGCUGAUGUUCCUUUUGGAGCUCUAAUAAUCUCCCUUUUUCUUCUUGUCUGUUCAUUUUCAUUACAGGAAACCAAAACAAGUGGAAAAAUCAUUACAUUCAGAUACUGAAACAACCCCACCUUUUUUUUCCCUUUUAUCCUCGUAAAAUCACCCUCUUCUUUGGGAUUUUUUUUAAAUUUUGUUGUUGUUGUUGUUAUAGAAUGGGACGGUCGAUCCCUCCGCUGCCGGCGCCGCCGUUGCAGCAACCGCCUUUGAUAUACCACCAGAGUCCUUUACCUGCACGACUCAUUUUCCCACCUGUCGCAGCUGUUUCCGCUUCCUUUUCAAUCUUAUUGAUUCUAUCUUUGUGUCUUCGUAAAAUCCGACGGCAACGUACUAAUCCUGCCCACUCUAAACCGCCGCAUCGGUACUCUUAUUCCGUCCUCCGUCGUGCCACCUCGUCGUUUUCAGACUCUCGCCGCCUUGGUCAAGGGGGAUUUGGCUCUGUCUACCGUGCUACUAUUAACAACAGUAACGGCAAUCGAACCGUCGCCGUUAAGGUGAUGGACGCCGGUUCGCUCCAAGGGGAGCGUGAGUUCCAAAACGAGCUCUUCUUCGCUUCUAAACUCGACUCUUCCCUGGUCGUGUCGGUCCACGGCUUCUCUUACGACCGCAAACGACGCCGGAUGCUCCUGGUGUACGAGCUCAUGCCUAACGGCAACUUGCAAGACGCGUUGCUUCAUCGGAAAUGCCCUGAAUUAAUGAAAUGGAAACAGAGGUUUUCGAUCGCCGUUGAUAUCGCCAAGGGACUCGAUUACCUUCACGGAUUGGACCCUCCGAUCAUUCACGGCGAUAUUAAGCCGAGUAACAUUUUGUUGGAUCAGAAUUUCUCGGCCAAAAUUGCGGAUUUUGGAUUAGCACGUUUGAAAUCGGAGGAAAUUAAAGUGGAAAUAGCAGAGGAUUAUGGAUCGGUAGCAGAAACAGAGAGUAUAGCUACCGGAAUCGAGGAGUUCAAUUUUCCGGUUGAUCAAUCGCCGGUUUCGGUUACUGGGUCUCCGCUGAAUGCGGAGGUUGUUAUGGCCGUAGUUUCACCGGAGCCGGUUGCGGCCUCCCCUGAUAUAGGAAGUGUUUCGGAGGGGAUUUUCGAUAAGGCGAGUGUCGAGAGCGGUAUAGAAUUGACGAAUGCCGGGAAGCACAAUAAUGCGGCGGCAGCGGAGGAGAGUGAUGAAGUGAAAGAUUAUGUGAUGGAAUGGAUUGGGACUGAGAUCAAGGAGAGACCGACUAGUGAUUGGAUCGCUUCGGUAGCGGCUUCUUCGAGUAGUAAAACGAAUGCGAAAUCGGAGAUGAAGAAGAAUAAGAGUAAGAGACGAUUGGAAUGGUGGGUGUCGAUGGAGGAGGACAAGGAAAAGAACGUAAAGAAGGAGAAGCGAAGGCCGGCGAGGGAAUGGUGGAAAGAAGAGUAUUGUGAAGAACUUGCGAAAAAGAAGAAGAAGAAGAAGAAGAAGAAGAGACAAGGGACGUACAAUAGCGAUGAUGCGGAGAAUUGGUGGCCAGUUGACGACGAAUUGUACACGGAAAAGAAGAAAAAGAGUAAACGAAGUAGGAGUAAAGGUAGUGUUGGCAGUGUGGAUUGGUUAUGGGAAGGACUUAGCGGCGAAUUACGAAGAGCUUGGCACGAUUCAUUCAGUGGGGAAAUACCGAAGAGUGGUGGUGCUAGUAGUACACCGAGUAUGCGAGGAACUGUUUGCUAUGUCGCACCCGAAUACGGUGGCGGUGGGGACGUAUCGGAGAAGUGCGAUGUUUAUAGCUUCGGUGUUCUGCUUUUGGUUUUGAUAGCGGGUCGGCGACCAUUGCAGGUCACCGAGUCACCGUUAUCCGAGUUUCAACGUGCGAAUUUGAUUUCUUGGGCUCGACGUCUCGCCCGAACCGGGAAACUCAUCGAUUUGGUAGACCAAAAUGUACAGUUUUUUAAUAGGGAACAAGCUCUUUUGUGUACCACAGUUGCUUUGCUUUGUUUGCAGAAAUUACCGGCUCGUCGACCUUCCAUGAAGGAAGUUGUCAGCAUGCUCACCGGUGAGGCGGAGCCGCCUCAAUUACCGACGGAAUUUUCCCCUUCACCUCCGUCACGGUAUCCAUUCAAGUCUCGUAGGAAGGUCCGGUGAGGCUUUUUCACAGUAGUUUAUUGCUUUUAGCAUCAUUGUAAAUAAAAAUCAUUUUUUCUUC